AUGAAAGCUACUGGCCUAUACCUGCUUGUUGCUGUAAUUCCGGUUCUAGUUAACUCAUGUCUUGUUGUCAAGUCCCCGCCAUGUACUUGUCUCAUCGCAGCUCUGGACUGGUCCAACAUCGAUCAGUAUGCUGGUCAAUCAUGGUAUGAUUACGUUGUCCAACGUGCUCUCACCACACCAACUAAAAAACCCUUCGAAAAUAACUGCGGUAUCUAUAUUCAUUGUCCACGUCCUUAUACUCUGUAUGACGCUGAGUUUGUGGAUGUGAACGAUAAAAGGACACCGACCCAAGCUGUAGGACAUUGUGAUCAGAAGACUAACAUGUGGAAUGUUACAGAUGGGCUAAUCUCGCAUGAGACCACUAAAUGGUCUCCGAUUUGUGUUGAUGAAUCAACGGAAGAAUUUUGCACACCGAGAACAAAUACCACAUUCCUAUUUGCAUAUUCCAAUGAUAUAGACGCAUCAAAAUUACAAGAAAUAGCUAAAUUCCUGCCGCUUAGAGAUAUUCGGGCUACGCAAUUUACAACAUUAGCUCGUGUUCGCUUUGAUGUUAUUCAAGAAGAAGCCAUAGAGUAUUACAAAGACUAUGAAGAGUGGAAAAUCGCGAUUACUUCUAAACUCCCCGACCCUUCGUUGAGCUUUACAAGCACUGAAACUGGAAGUGAUGUAUUGAAAGUCAUUUCGAAGUUUAUCAAUAACAGUGAAGUUCCAAUUUGUGGUUCUCGAAUAUUCAUAUUAAUGAAGCGUUCUCCAAAUGAAGAAGAUAUCACAGAGUUGGUAGCUCAAAUGAGAAAAUACCGUGUUUAUGUUUAUAACGCUGUUUCUUCAAAAUCAUCGGGAGGUUCUCAUCCGGAAACGGUAAGACGUUUAACUACUCAAACAAACGGAUUGGAUUUUUACUAUGAAGAUAGCUCAUUCACUCCAAUAAUGCCCUUUUACUCGCCGUUUUUCUUUGAAACAACCUUGGUUUACGCUGCAAACGUGAUUUUAACACCAAACGGAUCAAUCACCUUACCAAAAAUAGCAGUACCUCGGAAUGACGAAAUCGUGUACUUUAAUUACGACAACUUCGCCUCAGGAAAUUUAUAUUUGAAUGCUUCAGUUUACGACGUGCAUCUUGAUUAUGAAAUUAGUGAUAACCGUAUCUACGCAAUUGAAAUUAGAAUUAAUACUCUCGGAUCUGACGGCUACUGGAUUCCAUAUGAUGACUGA